UACGAAAGUAACUGAAGUGUGUGAAAAAAUAUUAUAACAUAACAAUUAUUUAAACUACAAGCAAAAAUUCCUUUUGUGUACAAAAAAAUACACAAGAGUUACUUAUACGAAUUCAUAUAUAAACAUAUUAAUAGAAUAUAAAAAAUUUGUGAUUGUUAUUGAGAAAAUAUGUUGAUAGAUCUUUGAAAAUGAGUGCAGCAAUGGAUAAGGAAAAGAAAUUCGAUCUGGACGAUGUGUUGAGUAAAUUUGGUAUCUUCAAGAAAUAUCAUCGGCAGAAGAUACUGUUGUUGUUCAUAGCUUUUGCGAGUAAUAGCAUGUAUUGUAACCAGUUUAUAUUUGUUACGGAGCCUGUACAAUAUAGAUGCAUAGACAGAGAUGACUUGGACCAGUCAGUAUGUAGCUAUAAUUCGAGUGACGUUUGCACACAAUGGAUAUAUGAAGAGCCCAACAGUUUCGUUGCCACGUUUGAACUCGCAUGUCAGGAUUGGAAGCGAACUCUCGUGGGUUCGGCGCAUAACUUCGGUUACAUGGUCGGCCUGCUCAUUGUUGGGCCCAUGUCUGAUAGGUUCGGAAGAAAAGCUGCCAUAGUUGCAACUGGGGUAUUAGGAGGUGUGAUUGGAGUACUAAGGAGUUUCUCCACCUGGUACUGGAUAUUCGUGGCUCUGGAGUUUCUGGAGGCCUGUAUUGGCGACAUAUGCUCGCCAGCUUUUGUUUUAUCAUUAGAAAUCGUACAGCAGAAGAAGCGGCUUCUAUUUAAUAUGAUUGUCAGUCUCGGAUAUUCCGUCGGCGGAACCACUCUCGGUCUGGUCGCCUGGCUAGUACCCAGCUGGAGAUGGCUCCUUCGCACCAUUUACACCCCAGCUCUACUCUUCAUAUUCUACAUCUUCCUGCUCGACGAGAGCCCGAGGUGGUACCUAUCGAAUGGGAGGAAGGAAAAAGCGUCAGCAAUACUAGAAAAAGCAGCGACGACGAAUAACAUUAAACUGGACAAAAAUAUGCUCGAUAAUUUGAACUGUGAAGCUGAUGAAAGUACGAAUUUCAAAGAAGUCGUAUUGGGAACAAUGAAGUCGAGGAAAUUGCGGACGAGGUUCUUCGUCUGUUUGGUGUGGUGGACGACAUCUACGUUUGUUAAUUAUGGGUUGGUGCUUAACUCUAUAUCGUUGCAGGGGAAUAAGUAUUUGAACUUUGCGCUGACGCAGAUUAUAGAUGUGCCUGGGAUGUUCUUUAUCACGUACAUUUUGGUGCGGUUCAAGAGGAAGAAGCCCUUGAUAAUUUGCUUUGUGGUGGGCGCUGUGUUGUGUCUAUCACAGCCGUUUAUACCAAUGGAUCUACCUUGGUUGUCCAUCACGUUCUACAUGGCUGGAAAGCUGAUGUCCUCGUUCUACUUCAACAUCACGUAUCUCUAUACGUCUGAGCUGUUCCCGACCUACACGAGGAACUCCAUGCACGCUCUGUGCUCGUCCUUGGGAAGAAUUGGGUCGCUGGUGGCGCAGCAGACACCGCUCUUGACGGUCUACUGGAUAGGACUGCCAGCUUUUGUCUUCGGCUCUGCGUCGCUAUUCGCUGGCUUUGUGACGCUUCUGGUGCCCGAUGUGUCUGACGACUCAUUGCCAGAUAAUGUGAAACAGGCUGAAGCUUUGGGCAUGAAGGAAAGGAAGGCUGUUCUGUGAUGUUCCGUUUUAGUUGUUUUUUUUUUAAGAAAAUUAA